AUGAAAAUUGGUGAUCAUAUUUUAGUUGAUGGAAAAUCUCCAGCAACAAUUUGUUAUAUUGGUUUAGUUGAUGGUCAUCCAGGACAAUGGAUUGGUAUUGAAUGGUGGCAUCAAGAAGGAAAACAUAAUGGAACCUAUAAUGAUAAAUUUUAUUUUCAAACAAAACAUCAAUUGACAGGAUCAUUUAUUAGACAAGAAAGAAUACAAUAUGGAAAUUCAUUUACUCAAGCUAUUUGUAGACAAUAUGUUAAAUCAUUUUCAAAUGAAAAUAUUACAGAUGAUAUUAAUUAUUCAUUAUUCGGUAAACAAUAUUCUGAUUAUGUUGUUGAUUUAUCAUCAAUAAUUCGUAUAGAUUUAUCAUCUCAAUGGGUAAAUGAAUUUGAUAAUAACGCUGAUAUAUAUAAUAAUCUUCGACAAAUAAAAGAAUUAAAUAUUCGUCAAAAUUUACUUAAAAAUUGGUCAGAAUUAUGGAUAAUAUUAGAAAAAAAUUUUCCACAAUUAGAAAUUUUAAAUGUUAGUAAUUCUCGUAUGAACUUUGAUAAAUCAUCAGCAUUAAAUAAAUAUAUUCAUAUAACACAAUUAGUUGUUAUUGAUACAGAUAAUGAUUGUGAUGUAUUUGAAAAUCUAUGUAAACAUUUUCCAAAUUUAAUAAAUAUUCAUCUUGAUUUAAAUCGAUUAAGUUUUAUAUCAGAAAAUUUUAUUAAUCAAAUACAAAAUUUAACAAAUUUAUCAUUAUCAGAUAAUCCAACAUUAAAAUCUUGGGAUCCAUAUGUAAAUCGAUUAGGAAAACUUAAAUAUCUUGAAGAAUUAAUUCUUAAUAAUUGUGGAAUUGAGGAAAUUAAAUUUCCUCAAGAAAAUCAAACAAUUGAAUUAUUUCCUUCAUUAAAAUAUCUUUAUAUGUCUGAUAAUAAUAUUUCAUCAUAUACAUCAAUAAAUGAAUUAACUUGUUUAUCAUCAUUAAUAUCAUUUAGUAUACUUCGAAAUCCAAUUUAUCCAUUGAAUCAAAUUGAAUGUGAAACAGCUAAACAAAUGAUACUUGCACGUUUACCAAAUUUAACACAUUUAAAUCGAGUUUUUAUUAGUCGAGAUGAAAGACGUGGAGCUGAAAUUGAUUAUUUACAACGUUAUGCUCACGAAUAUUUUGAAAAUAAAUUAGAUUUUCUUAAUGAACAUAAACAAUAUAAAAAAUUAAUUGAAAAACAUGGAGAACCGUUAAAAUCAAAUCCCAAUGAGGUUAGAAUAUUUUAUUAUUUUUGAAAUUAUACAAAAAAUUCUAUACUUUAGUUGGUGUGAGGGUAAAUGAGCGAAAUGAUUUUUCUUGAUGAGGGUAUAGACGAAGAGUGAGGGUGGGGGUAAAAGGUGUUUCGCAGUUGUGACUUUCGCGCAUUCUUUUUCGCUGAUAUGGUUUUCGCUCAACGGACACCAUAUCAGCAUCAACACAUCACAGUGCAUAGCUCUCAGAUUUUGAAAAUUUUAUAGAUCUUCAACAUGCGCCGAAAAGAAAGGUGCACUUUAAAACCAGGGAAGGUUUCGUAAAACAUCCAAGAUACGUUCAAAUCAUUUUUUAAUUGACAAGAAAUUGAAGGAUUUCGUAGGUCUCGCGAAACCCUAAAAAGGUUUCUUGUCAGUUAAAACAUGAUAUGAACGCAUCUUGGAUGUUUAACAAAAUCUUUUUAAGGGUUCCGAUUUCCUUGCAAAAAUAGGUUGGUAGGACGCCUUUUUUUUCAGUGUACAGGCAGUUCCAAGUGCUUUCGCGAUAAUCAUUAGUGCAGUAAUGUAAGUUAAUCGAUCGACCAGCUCAUACACAGGUAACAUUUGAAGUAUGAGCCAUUUGUAUGAAACUACAAAAUACGUUUCGAAUAAUACCAAUCUUAAUACAUACAUCCACUCAGUAUCUAACAUUUAUAAAUAACUCGAGGAACUAGUUUUAAACGAAGUUUGUAUAACAAAUAGUAAUUAGUUUUUCACGCCACUGUUAGUCUUUAUUAAUCCAAUCUCUUAGAGAAAAGCAUAAAUAAUAAGGCUCUGCAUGGGACGACAGUCUUUCAACAAAUUUUCUAAAAAAAGAUGCGAUACAAUAUUUUUUUUGAGAGUUUCUAUGAACUAAAUAUCGCUUUUUUAUGUAAGUAAUUUAUUCUGGACGUUGCGCUGAUUUUUAAGAAAUCUUUUGGAAAUUGGCGACAUUUAUUAAAAGUGGGCCCCGACGUCUAGAAGAAAUUAUCUACAUGAAAAAGCGACAUUUAGCUCAUAGAAACUCUCAAAAAAAAAUUGUAUCGCAUCUUUUUUUAGAAA